CAUUGUCAGUUGAAUCGUGGUGGAGAGUAGACGUGUUCGUCCCGACAUUCAGGUAUGACACGUUGCAUAUUAGUGCAAAUAAGGUUUUAUUACCGUGCCGGGGUGCUGCUGUGCACCUAACAUUCACGCUGAGGAAGCCUCAAGCACGUCGAAAAGUGAUCCGUGGUAGUGCAACUUUGUGAAAGUCUGACAAUUAGCGUGAGGCGGCCAUCUUUUGUUUACCCGAAGCCAUGAUGGCGGCCCGCGUCUUCUCAGCUCCUGACGGCCAUUACCAGUAUGUUGGCGGGUGAUUUUCAGUGGCACGUGUGGCAGGCGAGGAUUUGAGGUCACCUGCUUCCGUAACGUAUUCCCGCGCCGUGUUGCGACAUCUUGGAUAGUCUCUAGAUUCUGUGACGUAUUAGUGUAGACAGCGCCAGGCUAACCGUUCUUGUAAAGUUGCACACUAGAGAGGCGAGCACCACUGAAAUAGGUAUUAUUUCGGUGCCCUGUGUUCCCCGCGUUUCAGGACGUCGUGCUGGCCAAGAAAGCUGAAGUGUGUGAACCAUGGCUCGUACGAAGCAGACUGCCCGUAAAUCUACUGGAGGUAAAGCUCCCAGGAAGCAGCUGGCCACCAAGGCUGCCCGUAAGAGUGCCCCAUCCACUGGUGGUGUGAAGAAGCCUCAUCGUUACCGUCCUGGUACUGUGGCUCUGCGAGAAAUUCGUCGUUACCAGAAGUCCACUGAGCUGCUGAUCCGCAAGUUGCCCUUCCAGCGUUUGGUGCGUGAGAUUGCGCAAGACUUCAAGACUGAUCUGCGUUUCCAGAGUGCCGCCAUUGGUGCCCUGCAGGAAGCGUCAGAAGCUUAUCUUGUGGGUCUGUUUGAAGAUACUAACCUGUGCGCUAUCCACGCAAAGCGCGUAACCAUCAUGCCCAAGGAUAUUCAGCUGGCACGACGAAUCCGUGGAGAGCGCGCUUAAGGUGUUCCCUCAUCCUGUUGUGCUCAUUCAAGACAUAACCUCCUAAGCUACAUACUGCCAUGGACAAAGUGAAUGUUUUUAAGUUUACGUUUAGGUACGCUGAUCCUCCUCCCUUUUGAAUUGACUUUUGAAGUGCUGGUGAGUGCAGUGAGUAACUGGCACUAGUUUUGUACUCUUUUUAAACUAGAGCAGCUUUUAAGGACUGCUCCGUAGUGGAAAAUUGUGAUGCAAGAGAAUCUAAUUUAUUUUGUGUGUACAGCAGUGUUUGGAGCUGUGUAUUCUGCCUCUGGUAUGUUUCUUUUACUUACAAUAGUCUGGCAGUGAUUUUGCUGAAAUAAAUUAAAAAGAUUUAGAAUACACAGUUCUUGUGUAGGUUAUGUGAUCACAAAUAAUAUUCCAAAGUACAAGAAAUCAUUAUUUUCCUCUCUUUCUCUGGUCUGGGAACAAUGUCGUGUAUUUGUAUUGUCAGUGUGGAGGUCAUUCGUGUUCAUGAUCUUAUUUAGUUGUAGUGGGAAAGUCGUUUUUAUUACAUUUAGUUAUAAGUCUUAAUGCCUGUCUCUUUACAUCAGGUGGCCUGGGUUUCUUAAAAUAAAAUUAUUACCUAUGCCACUCUUUUGGAUUUCUCUUGUUAUUGGUUCUGCACUGUAGAUUUACACCGAAAAUAAACUUCUGACAUGUAA